AUGUCUUCAUCGUAUGAUGUUCUUGUCACUGGCUCGGCUGGCCAUCUUGGAACUGCUCUGAUGCUUAGCCUGCCUUCUCUGGGCUUCAAACCACUGGGCAUCGAUAUCCUAUCCUCCCCAACUACGACACUUCUGGGAUCUGUUAGCGACCGAGACUUUAUCGCCUCCCUCUUCGACUCUUACCCCAUAAAACACGUUCUCCAUGCCGCAACACUGCAUAAACCGCAUGUUGGUAGCCACAGCAAGGAGCAGUUCAUCUCGACCAACGUUGUCGGCACUUUGAUUCUCCUAGAAGAAUCUUCUAGAUUCAAGGCGCAGAUAGAGAGCUUUGUCUUCUUCAGUACAACGAGUACCUUUGGUAUGGCGCUCAGUCCCAAACCAGGACACCCCGCUGCUUGGAUCGAUGAAUCUAUUGUGCCCGUCCCAAAGAAUAUAUAUGGUGUGACGAAGAUUGCGGCCGAGGAUAUGUGCGCACUGGUGCAGAAGCAAAGUGGAAUGCCCGUUUUAGUUCUCCGCACUAGUCGCUUCUUCCCCGAGGAAGACGACGAUGAAGACCGUCGCGCCGCCAUGGGCGAUGAGAACCUGAAAGUUCUAGAGCUAGCCUACCGCAGAUGCGACAUUGAUGAUAUUGUCAGCGCAUCAGUCUGCGCAAUGAGAAGGGCCAAGGAUAUUCUAUGGGGAAAAUAUAUUAUAAGCGCCCCGCCGCCUUUCAACAACGAUAUACACACUCUCGAUGCUUUGAAUCGGAGCCCCGCGGAGGUGCUCAGCAAGGCAUUUCCUGAUGUGGAUGUCGUUUUCAAGGAGAAGGGGUGGAAGCAUCUCGUGAGGAUCGACAGAGUGUAUGAUUCAAGCAAGGCAGUGAAGGAACUAGGAUGGAAUCCAAAUUAUACAUUUGAAAAGACAGUGGGGAGAUUGGUGCGUGGCGAGCCAUGGAAGAGUGAUUUGACAGCGAGGGUAGGCAUGAAAGGUUAUCAUGCUGUGAGCACCGGGGUGUAUACAAAGAGAUGA